AUGGUAAGAAAAUCAAGGCAAAACCCUAACACUAUUUACCAAUCCAAUUCCCCAGAAAGGCUAUUUCUCACAGUUACAAGCUUUCCUUUAGGGACCAAAAAUUGCUACACUUUAACUCCAGCUCAAGGGAGUUUUGGCAAGUACUUGAUAAUUAGGGCAAGUUUUCUCUAUAGAGAUUAUGAUGGAACUGGCCAAUUACCAAAUUUUGAUCUUUACAUAGGAGAGGAUCAUUGGGACACAGUCAUAAUAUCUAAUGCUUCUAUACCAAUUAGGAAGGAAAUUAUGCACACCCGCUUUGACUACAUAGCUUCAUUUGCCUUGUCACAGACGGCGAUGGCGGACGAGAAUUUUGUACGAAGUGGGUUCAAUCGAAGACAUCGAUAUCGAUUGAUGUAUAGCUAUGAUGCAUACGAUAGAAUUUGGAUGCCAUUUUCUUUUGAGAAAACGGUCACUAUUAAUACAACACAAAACAUAUUAAUUGACACCCUUUACCGAGUACCGUCAGUGGUGCUGAGCAUGGCUGUGACACCGGAUCCGUUGACCUCGACCGACGACUCGGUGUCCCUUUACUGGAACGCUGAUAAAAUCACAGAUAGGUAUUACAUAUACAUGUACUUCGCCGAAGUGGUCGAACUGCCAGUGACACAAACAAGGGGAUUCAACAUUUAUGCUACUGAUAACCUCUUUUAUGGACCUAUGUCUCCCAACUAUUUGUUGACGUCGAUGGUGUACACAGUGUCUCCGGGAUCUGGUGUCGAGAGGUACCAUGUUGUCAUUAAUAAAACUGUGACAUCAACUCUUCCGCCACUCAUUAAUGCUGUCGAAGUUUAUAAAGAGAUAUAG